AUUAUUGACAUUUUCGAUUAUAUUUCUUAUUUUUCGCAUUUCCAAAGUUUUCUUCAUCAAAAUAUUAUUUAAACCCAGUCAUAAUAUGGAUAUUGUGGAUAUGGAUAUAAGGCAGUGGGAUGUAAACGACGUAAAAGAACAAUUUGGCGACAGUUUAACAUUAUUACCACCAAACGAUAACAUUAAGGAAUUGCAAACAAUACUACGUGACAAGAACACAACCCGAAGUGAUUUUAAAUUUUAUGCUGAUCGUUUGAUACGAUUAGUGAUUGAAGAAAGCCUCAACAAAUUGCCAUUUACUGAUUGUGAGGUAGUGACACCCACUGGAGCACUGUACAAGGGAUUAAAGUAUGGUUCAGGAAAUUGUGGAGUCUCAAUUGUGAGAUCUGGGGAAGCUAUGGAACAGGGCUUACGCGAUUGCUGUAGAUCAAUUAGAAUAGGCAAAAUCCUGGUAGAAAGUGACAAUGAUACUCAUGAAGCCCAUGUUGUUUAUGCCAAGUUUCCAGAGGACAUAGCUCGAAGACAGGUGCUCCUUAUGUAUCCAAUAAUGUCUACUGGCAACACUGUUAAACAGGCAGUAAACGUCUUAACACAACACGGCGUUAAAGAAGAACGUAUAAUACUUUCGAAUCUCUUCUGUACGCCUGCCGCAGCUCAAGCGGUGGUCGAUUAUGUCCCAAAGAUGAAGAUACUCACCUCUGAAUUGCACCCCGUAGCCCCAAACCAUUUUGGUAUGAAAUACUUCGGAACAGACUGAUAUGAGGAUGAAGAGGUAUAAACAUUUUGCGAUUAAUAUGGUGGCUAUUGGGCAAAUGUUUUGUGUUUGAAUAAAUAGGUGUAAUGCCUUAUAUACAGGUUUCGAAAAUGAUUUUUAACCUGCAAUAGCUGCAAUACUGGCUUUAAGCGCGGCGACCGAAUCAAGAAAUUCCGUAACGAAAAUAAAAACCUAACACACGAUGACGUAAUAUAGGUGCAAUACGCGUUAGAGUGGGACAGAACGCAUACUGCGUAUUCACAUCUCUCUGACAAGAUCGGUGACGUAGCCGUCCUCGAUUGCCACACGUUUUUUUUGUUAAAUAAUGCCUUCAUUGUUUUAGUGAUUGUGACGUCAUAAGUGAUUUCUUUGUUUUACAAUACCAUCGAACCUAUAGUCAGAGGGGUAGAAUUUACUACAGAAGAAAAUAUACCAAUUGACACUCAUGUAUGGUUCAAAUUCUCAGCGUUGAAAUACGCUUAUAUUUAAACGCCAUUGCUUGUUUGUGUUAUUUAGAAAGAAAACAAAACAUUUGCCGCAAUUAUUACCUUAUUCGUGUUUAUACCAUCAUAAAUUAGAUUUAAAAAAUAAAAGUUCCUAAUCUUAAGUCGCAGUUUGUAUAACUUUCUACUAACAAUUUUCUUUAAGUUUUACUGACAAACAAAAUGUACCUAUAUUAUGAUCUAGUUAAUGUAUUGUUUUUUCUAUCGCAAAAUAAUGUUUGCUUGAAUGAUGAUGUCACGUGAUCACUUUCAUACAAUCUAAAAGUUAGUGGGUAUAAGUAUUUUUGGCUAAGAUCCCAGUAGUUGUCAGAUUAUUUCUAAAAUAAUGUCACUACAAUUAAUGAAGUUUAUAAAUUUCCUAGAAAAACAGAAAUCGUAGGUUUCUAAACACGAGAUCGAUCAAUUUGCGACGUCUCGUAUAUUUAUAAACUAACGGAUAUCCAUUCGUAAGAUUCUUAACGGUUAGGUUAGUGACAUAUUUAACCAAUCAGAGCGCACAUGCCGUUUGGUUAUCGCUUAUACAAUUUUUCACUCGUUUAGUAUCCUACGAAAGUUAAAGUUGCCGAUUUUGUUAUAUUCCGGUGACAUAUAUACUAUAUCUGAAUUUUGUACUAAAAAAAGGUUAAACACUUCUAAAAUAAUAUUACGUGUCCGUAGUAUAUUGUAUUCUAAUUCUCUUCGAUCACUAACUAUCGCAUUUCAGGAACUGUCUGAGGAUGACGAAUCUAAUAAUUAUAAAGUUUCAUAUAUAAAGCUAUUUAAUUGUUAUUCCUCGCUGUUAAGACCUAAUCAAAUAUUGUAAAUAAAUUGUAUACGUAUUAUAACUAAAUUAUUUGACGGGUCAGCUCGUGGGCUUUUUCGUGUAUCAAAUGUAUUAUUCUAAUAAAUUAUAAAAACUAGUUAAAUAUAA